CGAGUACGGCUACUCUUCGUCGCAGUUGCGGUGAUCACACUAGCGAGUCUAUUCCUACCCAUGCGCGAACUGUAUCUACUCCUCCGUCUGCCCUUCGUCUGGAAGACCUCCGCCGCCGAAUCAAUCAUCUCUGCCCAACGCGACGGCUUCGACGUCACCUUCGCGUCCUACGCCAACCGCAGCGCUCCCCCAGAGAACGCGCGCAUCCCCAAUCGCCUCCACCACGUCCACCUGGGCCCCAGUGCGCCGCGAGCGGAAUGGCUGAGUGCCCGCGCACAGUGUCUGGACCAUCAUCCAGACUGGGAGGUGUUCCUGUGGGAGGAUGAGAACGCCCGCGAGUUCGUGAAGAGCCAGUACCCGGAUCUGUUGGCGAUGUGGGAGGGAUAUCCAGCGCUGGUGCAGCGGGUGGAUGCGCUGCGGUAUAUGGUGCUGCAUACUUACGGCGGCGCAAUCCUGGACAUGGACCUCGCGUGCAGACAGUCCCUCGACCCCCUUCGCGAAUUCGAAUUCGUGGCGCCCGCCGCGCACCCCGUGGGCAUCUCGGUCGGGAUGAUGCUCGCCGCACCGAACAACACCUACGUGCGCGCGCUGGUCGACAACCUGCCGCGCUUCAACCGGCGGUGGUCGCUCCUCCCCUACAUCACCAUCAUGUUCAGCACGGGCUGUCACUAUGCCUCAACCAUCUUCACGCUGCAAUCUAACCGCUCCGCCCUCCGCGUCCUGGCCGGCACUCCGGACCAUCCGACCCUGCACAUGCUGAACGGAUACGUCAACACCCCGCUGUUCCAGCAUCUAGGGUCCUCGUCGUGGCACGGGCGCGACGCGAGGUGGAUC